CAAGAAUAUCUGGUGUACAUGUAUUUUGCCUUAAUAUUCCGGAUAUAGAAAGAGAACGUGAAAGAAAAAAUCAGUCUUCUUCUUUUAGACCAUUUAAUACAUUGAGUGAAUCCAUGAAAAUAAAGCGUUCCCAUGCAUUCUCUAUACAAUUAGGCGAAGCCUUUAAAAAUGAGAUCCCUAACUUUUUUAAUUCUAUUGAUCGACCAGUUUUACAAGAAGUUCGAUUCCAUGUUCAAGAUAAAGACUACUUGGCCAAUUAUCAUAAUAAAGAAAAGACCAACUCUUUUGACGCAUUUGUAAAAGUUAUUGAUCAAGGUCAGAUUUCUCGGGACGCUUACCGAAAAUUAGCCGCACUCCAACCAGAAUUACCACAAGAUCACAACAUUUCAGGCACAAGAAAAAAAAUAAAUGAGGAAAUGGAUAAAAAAGUUCCUAUUAAUAUUGUAAAUGUUAAGAAUGUACCUCUUGUAACAACAAAUGAAGUACUUCAUAUUAAUGAUCAAGAAAUCGAAGAGGAGAU